GAACACGCGACUCCGCCUCUCUCUCUGGUUCGCGACUUCGCCCUCUCUCUCGUUCGCGACUCCACCUCUUCUUCGUUCAACAUCGACUCCUCUUCUUCGAAUCUUGACCCAGAUGGAGGGCCGUUUUGCUGAUGAGCUCUACUCAGAAAGUCUACAGCUAUCAAAACUACAAUUGGAUCCUAUAUCCAAUGCGAACAGUGAACAAAGUAAUUUACGUGACCUUGAUAGGGUUGAGUUGUGUCGUGGAGAUGGUUCUUGUGAUGGUUUUUCUGAUGAAUUAGAUGACACAUCUGAGGUGACAGGGGAAUGGAUGAAGAUAGAGGAGAAAACAAGAUAUAACCAACACCAUACGGUGGGUUACCGUGAGGGUGUUAUAGCAGGAAAAGAAGCUUCUUCGCAAGAGGGAUUCAAUAUCGGCUUUAAGCAAUCGGUCCUUGUUGGGUACAACUGGGGUCUUGUCAGAGGUGUUACAAGUGCUUUGGCUAACCUUCCAGAUGGUUUAAGGGAGAAGUUGAUUGAAACAGAAGACCAAAUAACUGGAUUGCAGGGAUUGUAUGAAUCUGUGCAUUCUCUUUCAACAACAGAUGCCCUUAGAUUAUUUAAUGAUGAAAUCAUGGACAAAAAAGCUGGAGAACAGAGUGAGAAUGCUGACACCAGUUCCCUUGAAGCUGGUUUGCCAGAGCAAAUACCAGACCGUAGUGGUCUAAGAAAUCACUUUGCAGAACUACGUUCACUUCUACUUGAAUCUCCUGCAAUUAAAGUACAUCUAGAUAGGUAGGAAAUUAGUGUUAUAAUAUUUAUUUGAUAUUUGUAAUUAAAAGUCUGAAAAUUUUUGCUCCGCCGCUAGCCUCCGGUCCUAUUCUGUCAUAGGAAUUAUACAUUUGGGAAACGUUGUCAAUUUCUUGACCAAGAAAAAAAAAAAAAAAAAAAGAAACGUUGUCAAUUUGGUCUGUAAUGUUAUGUAUGAUCUUCUUGUGAAUCUUAUUAUGAGGGACGAUGAUGUGAGGAAUCCCAUCAUCAUUUUUGCCCUA